GUAGGAGUUUAUUGAAAUAAUUGCCAGUUUUAAGAGUUUUUCAUUACAACAGCAAGUUCACUAUUUGGUUAACGUUAGCAUUAGCUAGCUGGCCGUGCUAAUCAACCUAACUUUGUCUUCGCUAAUGAAAUGGCGUCGGUAACGGCGACAGAACCAACGGUAUGUCCGGGUGCAAUACCGGCAGCAGAGUCCAUAGUGCCCGCUUGUAUGUUUGCACCGGACAGUGGGUGUGUGGACGAUCCAUCCGGAGGAGAAGGCUUUGAAGACGACGAAGUCACAAACUACGACCCUGCUGAUCAUUUAGACCUAAGCAGCAAGUUGGUCCUAGUGAGUCCAACAGGGGAACAGUAUGAUUCAUUGCUACAACAUCUGAGGGAGCGGAUAGAUGAGGGCUGUGGCGAGACAAUCUAUGUGGUUGGAAUGGGCUCAGAUGGAGGUGACUAUGGUCUGGAUGAGAAGGACAUGGAGGCAUCAGUAGCCACAGUGCAAUCACUUUGUGAACAGAUCGACGCUGACCUAAUCCUGCUGAGGGAGAGGGCAGACGCUGGUGGAAAGAUUCGGGACUAUCUCAUCCGGCGGCGUGUGGGUGAACAGGAUUUCCUGGAAGUCAGAGUAGCGGUUGUAGGGAACGUGGAUGCUGGGAAGAGCACCCUGCUGGGUGUUUUGACCCAUGGCGAACUGGACAAUGGUAGAGGCUUCGCUCGCCAGAAACUCUUCCGACACAAACAUGAAAUGGAGAGUGGCAGGACCAGCAGUGUGGGCAAUGAUAUCCUGGGCUUCGAUCACGAAGGACAGGUGGUGAACAAGCCAGACAGCCACGGUGGUGGCCUAGACUGGACCAAGAUCUGUGAGAAAUCCUCAAAGGUCAUCACGUUCAUUGACCUGGCUGGCCAUGAGAAGUACCUCAAGACCACUGUGUUCGGCAUGACAGGACACCUUCCUGAUUUCUGCAUGCUAAUGGUUGGCAGUAACGCUGGCAUCGUUGGCAUGACCAAAGAGCAUCUGGGUCUGGCGCUGGCCCUGAAUGUGCCUGUGUUUGUAGUGGUCACAAAGAUUGACAUGUGCCCAGCCAACAUCCUGCAAGAGACGUUAAAAUUAUUACAGAGGUUAUUAAAAUCACCGGGUUGCAGGAAAAUCCCAGUGUUGGUCCAGAACAAGGAUGAUGUCAUUGUCACAGCCUCCAACUUCUGUUCUGAGAGGAUGUGUCCAAUCUUCCAGAUUUCAAAUGUGACCGGGGAGAACAUGGACCUCUUGAAGAUGUUCCUCAACCUCCUCUCCUCGAGGACCACCUUUAGCAAUGACGAGCCUGCAGAGUUCCAAAUAGACGACACAUACUCAGUACCAGGUGUGGGCACAGUAGUUUCAGGGACUACAUUACAUGGAGUGAUACGGCUUAACGACACGCUGCUCUUAGGCCCAGACCCACUCGGCAUCUUCAUCCCCAUCGCUGUUAAAUCCAUCCACCGUAAGAGGAUGCCUGUCAGAGAGGUUCACGGUGGCCAGACGGCAUCGUUUGCACUCAAAAAGAUCAAACGUUCAUCUAUAAGGAAAGGAAUGGUGAUGGUUUCCCCAAAGUUGAUGCCACAGGCCACCUGGGAGUUUGAGGCUGAGAUUUUGGUGUUACACCACCCGACCACAAUUUCUCCGAGAUACCAGGCCAUGGUCCACUGUGGUAGCAUCAGGCAGACCGCCACCAUCCUGUCAAUGAACAAAGAAUGUCUGAGGACAGGGGACAAGGCCACAGUCCACUUCCGCUUCAUCAAGACCCCUGAGUACCUGCACUGUGACCAGAAACUGGUGUUCAGGGAAGGACGCACCAAAGCUGUGGGCACCAUCACCAAGCUUCUCCAAUCAGUGAACACCCAGGCAGCUAAGGCCCAGCAGUCCAAGACACAGGCCUGUAAGAAGACUUUUAAAGAUGGCACAUUAGCCAGUGAGGAGGUUGGAUCCUCAGCACGAGCGCCUAGUCCGAACAAGCUACAACAGCAGCUACCGCUCAAGGCAGGAAGCGGAGGACGCAGGAGAGGUGGUCAAAGGCAUCGAGGGAAAGGCCUGAAUCCUGCACCAAUCUCUACAGCAGUGCCUGCGGGAGCAGCAGGCACGGGCUAAAAACACCACCUUUCAUUUCCCCUCAGCCCAUGACAUCGCUUUAUAGGGAGGAAGAGUGACGGCCUGGCCCUCUGGUGGCUGGUUACAGACUGACUGCACGUUUCUUUAGUAUAAAACAAUUACUGAGCAAAAGAGUGAUUAAAGAGUGACAUUGUCAUUUUAAAGCUUUACUGGAAUAGUUACUUACAGAUCUAGUUUUGAUUAUGUAGCCGGAGAUUUACUGCAGUUGACUGCAAGUUCUAGUUCUACUAUCUAACAUUUUCUUUUUUAAAUGCAAACAUUUUGGGGAGUUCAUCUUGUUUACAGUUCUUCAAAACUUGGUUUAUAGCAUUAACAGGUUUUCCCAGCCUGCAGAGGCAUCAGUCACUUUCCCUGCAUUAACAUUUUGCACCUAUCAGGCUUCUGUUUCCUCCUUCUGCAUCCUAGUGUUCAAUAUAUUGGGCGUAAUGCUCGUAUUACAGAUGACACCAAGGUUGGAGUGUAUAUUUACUGUGGCAUCUGUCAUUUGAGGAAGUAAACUAUGUUCACUAGAUGACAGAAUAUUUCUUUAAAAAGGCUCCUGGUUUGGAAUUUACGGAACUGAAGGUGAAUUGAGGGGCACAAGUAUCUGACAUCGGCUAAAUGAGGAAUGUAGAUGAGAUGAUAGCUUACCCUGUCCUGUUCUGGGUGGUAGCUAAAACUGUUCUCUGAAAACAGAAGUGGCAUUUGGUAAAUUUUGUGACCAGUUAACAGAAAAGUUCUUGUCUAUCCCUGGGAGUGUAGCCACAGAUGCGCUGCUUAGCAGUCAUCACCUGUGAUGAAACAUGUCCCUGGAGAUGAAGAGCAAAGCAGCCUAAGCUUAAUCCUGCACAAGAAAGGUCAUUUACUUUGAAGCUCUUUUCUGAGAGCCCUAAGAGUUUUACUAGAUCUACUUCUGAGAGAGAAAAGGUCUGAAUUGUCCUUCCUUUUUUCACACUCAGUGUCUAGUGUCAAAGUGGAUUUGUCAUAUCCAGACAAGCUUUAGCUAACAUGUUUAAACUAAAAGCUGUGAUCAAGUGCUCUAGACAUGGAUAAACUCACAAAAAUUGGUGAGCAAGCAUGCUUAUAGAACUUGAACUUUAUUCCAAACUUAAGAUGAUGCUUCUUCAGAGCUUAACAUACAACAACUGCCCACUUGUAUGUUGUAAUCUCAGUCCCGUGGAAGGCACAUGGCAGCUGAAAUAUCAGCUUAAGUUUGGAAUAAAGUCUGUGUUCCUGUUUUUUGCAAGCAUGUUUGCUUGCCAAUUUUGUGGUUUUGUCAUAUGUUAGCAUGGUACACGUCCCUGUGAAGUCACUUAGACAUUUUCUAAGCCAAACAGGUAUAAGCACAACUUCCUCCAAAUCUAAUGCAGCCUGACCUGCUGCACAAAAAUUAUACAUCCAUUAUUUUGUUAAACUAUUUUGAUACGAAAACUCGUGUUUCACACGUUAAAUGUCGAAAGCCAAGUAAGAACAUAUUAAUUCAUUAAAAUUGUUCUACCGUGACUUGAGUGUCUGCACAUUCUCCGCACUUCACGUGAAUGAGCAAAUGGCUCCAAAACUGAAUUUUCAAAACUGCCUUCAAAUACAAAUGUGUCAGACACAGCAAGUCGAUGUCUACGAGUUAAGAAUGCAGAUCAUGUCAUACACAUGAUCACAUUCAACUUAAAUAAAUAAAAACAAAACAAAAAACUAAACUGAGUUGCUGCUUUGUUACAACCUGUUCUUUCACCCGUCUUAUGAAGAUUGAUGGUCCUCUUCCCAGUGUUGAGUUUUAGUUGGGAGGUUACACAUCGUCAUAGUUUGGGCCACUGAAGGGGAAAUGCCCCUCAGGCUUGGGCCUUCACAUGCACACGGCUUAGUCUGUCAUGAAAAUUUUAAGAAUCUUUAAUUGUAUGACGAUCAGUAACACUGAACGGCCAGAGUAUUUCUCCCUUCUACAUAUCUCUUUUGACUACACCAGUAGUGCAUGGGUUUAUUUUUGAAGGGCUCCACUUUGUAUGUAUGUACAGAAA